AUGUUUGCGCCGUCUUCCUUCCGAGCCACUAGAACACUGCUCACAUCUGCGCGCCUGCGAACAGCUAUCCACCCCACAUCGACCGCAAACCUCUACCGACCACUCUUUACCCAAAAGUUCUUCUCCAACACCGCCAAAAUGAGCGACGAAAAGCAGGGUGUACACAACCUCAUGAAGACGAGCGACUUCGAAGAGGCCCUCGCUGUAAAGGACACCCUCAUGGUCCUCGACUGCUUCGCGACAUGGUGCGGCCCUUGUAAAGUGAUCGCUCCCCAGGUCGUCAAGUUCUCCGAGAAGUACCCCAGCGCGCGCUUCUACAAGCUCGACGUCGACGAACUCGCCGAGGUUGCAGGAAAGCUCGGUAUCCGCGCCAUGCCCACCUUCAUCCUUUUCAAGAACGGCGACAAGGUUGCCGAGGUCGUUGGUGCCAACCCCAAGGCCCUCGAGACCGCUAUCCAGAACAACCUCGAAGCAUAG